AUGGGGAAGCUGGGGUCUGAAGGGAUGGCUGGGGCAAAAGCCAAGGAAUCAAGGACUGAAGGUUGUGCCAUCUUCUCAGGAGCAGUGGCUGAGGAGGAGGGCGCUGAAGUGGUGGAGCAGAAGCCAGGAGAUGAAGAAAUGGAAGUGGGGGAGGAAAAAGUGGUAAAUGAGGUGAAGGUGAAAGCAGGUCCCUGGUUCCUGAACGUGGAUCUCCACGUGAGCUCCCUGGAGGCCAUCCAGCUGGAAGUGGACACUAUAAACGUUCAGGCUGACAGAGCCGUACUACAGUUGUGGUGCAAGUUUGGUCAAGUACAUCAAUACUACCUAGAGCAGAAGAGCUACAUCAUUCGGAAUAUUCCUAGCUUCUGGGUCAGUGCGUUUUGGAACUAGCCACAGCUAUCCACCUUGAGUAGAGGCCAAGAAGCAGACAUGUUAAGGUACACAGCCAACUUGGAGGUGAAAGACUUCAGACACCCUAGGAUGGGCUCCAAGUUCAAAUUCCUCUUUCGAAGAAACCCCUUGUGCAGAAACAAGCUGAUUGUCGAGGAAUAGGAGGUCAGAUCAUCCAGCCAAGUGGAGUCUCUUGCCACUCCAAUCAUAUGGCACCCAAACCAUGAACUCUAGACCUUCAUUCAUAGGAAUCAAGGUGUCACCUGCAGCUUCUUCACCCGGUUUUCAGACCACAACCUUCCAGAGCCUGAAAGAAUUGCUGAGAUUAUCAAAGAGGACCUCUGGCCAAAUCUAUUCCAAUACUACCUGUUGCACGAAGGGGCCUCCAGAGCUAGAUUUUGCCAGAUAAGGAAGCCAAUGGAGAUCCCUUUGGUUCCAAUCUGGUUAACCUCUGCCCUCGGAAAUACUCCCAUACAAGAUCCCCUACCACUUCCUGCUGGAAGUGCCUUGGCAACAGCACUGGGUGUGCCUAUUGCUGCUUUUGUACUGACCUUCCUUCAAACACUCAUGCUCUCAACCGCAGGAUUGAGACCUUCAUGGCUUUUCUGCAUUAACAUCACGUGCCACGUGGCAUGGUUCACACUCUUCUCAGCCAAACAAAUGAUGCUAUAA